UAUGGAUUAUUAUUCGUUUUAAAUACAGAUUGGUUUAUGGGCCGCUACAGUUCAAGCUAUUUAAACAGUGGUGCAAAGUUUGACACCUUUUUUUCCAUAAUUUAGCAAUUUCCUUUGACGGUUUUGUCUAAACAGUUAUCUUUUCCUCCCUCAUUGUUACUCUUUUAGCAACAAUGUAACUCAGCAAGCUGGUGUUCUUGACUUUACUGUGAUUUUUUUAAUAUUUGUAAUGCAUUAGCCGUGGUUAAACUUCACAAACGAGGAUAGGACUGGCGUUUGGGAAUGCGUGAUAAAUUAAAACCAGAUGUUAACGAGUAGAGGAAGCCGAGAGAGAACGCUACAGCUAACUGUUGUCUUACUUUCACGCUAACAAUAGCUGACGGCUCUGUAGCGGAGGAUUACGGUCAGUCUCGGUCUGUUUGUGGGCUGAGAGAAGAGAAGAGGAGUUACAGAGGGGGAAAAAAAAUCAUUUUUUUUACAGAGAGGUCCAGGAAGUCUGAAACCGCUACGUUUGCAAAACGCCGAAGAGUCAGUGGAUGGACAGAAAAAAAUACACCCGGUUAACCUUUGAGCUUUCUUCCUUUAUCCUCACUAGAAGAAGUCACAAGACGAACUCCAGUAUAACUUUACGGAUGACAUUCCAAACGAGACUUCACGUUCAGGACAAAGUGAGGAGGAAGACACAAACAUCAUGUCCUCUGUAUAUUUCAGUCCUGGGUCAGAUGCAGGAGUGAAUGGGAACAUUGCAAAGAUGGAGGAUGCUAUGGUGGAGAUUGAUGAUGGGAAGGAGGAGAGUGAGUUUCCAGACACAGUGUAUCACAAUAUCCGUAAGAAGAUAUCCCCCUUUGUUAUGUCCUUUGGAUUUCGUGUAUUUGGAGUAAUACUGAUCAUAGUGGACUUUGUGCUGGUCAUUGUGGAUCUUUCCCUGCCUGCAAAGAGCAGAGAUGUUGGAAACGCCAUAGAGGCUGUGUCCCUUACUAUCUCCUUCUUUUUCCUUCUGGAUGUCCUCCUGCGGAUUUAUGUGGAAGGGUUUAAAGUUUACUUCAGCUCCAAGAUGAAUAUUGUAGAUGCCUGUGUCGUGGUCAUCACACUGGUGGUCACCAUGAUCUACACCUUCUCUGACUUGUCAGGAGCCAGUCUCAUUCCCAGGGUGGUGACAUUCCUCCGUUUCCUGAGAAUAAUCAUCCUGGUGAGGGUUUUCCGACUAGCAGCUCAGAAGAAAGAGCUAGAGAAGGUCACCAGAAGGAUGAUUUCUGAGAACAAACGGCGUUACCAGAAGGAUGGAUUUGACCUUGACCUCACCUAUGUCACUGAUCGUGUCAUCGCCAUGUCAUUCCCCUCUUCUGGGAAGCAGUCAUUGUACAGAAAUCCAAUCAAGGAAGUUGCAAGGUUCCUAGACACUAAACAUGAAGACCACUAUAAAGUUUACAACCUGUGCAGUGAGAAAGGCUAUGACCCCCAGUUCUUCCACUACAGGGUCGAGCGAGUGUUCAUCGACGACCACAACGUCCCCUCAUUGGAGGACAUGCUGAAAUACACAGCGAAUGUGAGGGAGUGGAUGUCUGCUGAUCCCAAAAACAUCAUUGCCAUUCACUGUAAAGGAGGUAAAGGACGCACAGGUACAAUGGUGUGCACCUGGUUGAUCGACAGUGACCAGUUUGAGAGUGCACAGGACAGUCUGGAGUAUUUCGGGGAAAGGAGGACAGACAAGAGUCGGAGCUCCAAGUUUCAGGGGGUGGAGACUCCUUCUCAGAGCCGGUAUGUGGGUUACUACGAGAUCAUGAAGACCAAGUUCAGCAGACAGCUGCCUCCCCCUAAAAGUCUCAGGAUCAAGAGCAUCCGCAUCCACUCCAUAGCAGGUGUGGGUAAAGGUGACGGUAGUGAUCUGAAGGUGAAGAUAAUAGUGAAGAAAGAGCAGGUGUUUCAGUGUGUGUGUGCCAAACAGGAGAACUGCACAGUGUUUCCUGAUGUGGGGAACAACGCAGCAGUCAUUAGCCUGCAGAAUGGGCCUGUGGUUGAAGGCGAUGUGAAGGUCAUGUUUGAGUCAAGUGCUGGUCUUCCUAAAGGGUACGAAGAUGUCCCAUUCUACUUCUGGUUCAAUACCUCCUUCAUAGAAGAUGAUAAGCUGCAUCUACCACGAGAAGAGCUCGACAACCCACACAAACCCAAGACCUGGAACCUGUACAAAGAGGACUUUGGCGUCACUAUGUUCUUCUCAGAACCAUAAUAAAAGGCCUUUUACAG